GCUGUAUCUCUUUUUUAAUAUAAAGAUCGAAUGCAUAAUAGUGGAGGCAAAACAAACACUUGAGUUUGAGUGUCACACUUCUUUCGCAUGGGUAAAUCUGAAAGACUAACGUAUGAUCCGCGCUGGCCAGAAAAGGCAUUUUUCAGCAAGAUGGCCCGCUUGUCCUUGUUACAAAAAAAGAAGAGGAGUUCACCGAGCUUACCGAGAGUCAUCGAAUAUGCAAGAGCUCUGCUCGUUCCAAUUGUUCGACUGUUUACCCUGAGCGACUAAACGACAAAGAGACUCAAUUACGCCGAGGAGUUCGAGCGAAUCACACCUUCAGCAUGCUUCGAAUGUAUGGAGAUUGCUAUCCACCCGUGGUAACCACCCGAACCUUUCCCAAUGGGACCUAUUGGGCGGGCCCGGGAUUUGAUUUCAUGCAAGGAUUGACCCAUUGGUUCCCAAAUGUAACCGUGGUUUCGGAUUACCAACCCAACUACACCACCAGUUUGGCCGGUUUGGCUUGUCUCAAGGAUGAUUACGCGGAUAUCAUUCCGGAGUACUAUAGAGGAUGGGAGGAGUGAAUGUGGCCAUAGAUUUGGGAGAAGGUACAGUACAUUGGUUGAAACUGUCAUCUAGGGAAAAGAAACUUUCAGUGGGAUAAAGGUCGAUCGAUGGGAAAGAAGUUGGAAUGUGCCGAGAUCUCAAUUCAAAGAGCGCUUGAGAUACUCCGUUUUUCAGGGCAGACUGAGCGAAAACUGUUCUGACGAGUGCUGAAUGUGGAUUUUCUCUAAAUGACUUGUGAAAUGCAAGGAAGCAAUCAUCCAUGAACUGACUAAUAUCGUUAUGCGUAAUGAGACAACAGUUCAAUAUCUAAUUAACUUGGGGUAAUCGACGAGGACACGGAGGUGAUCGAUGCUUUACUUGAAAAAGGCACAUUUUGAGCGACAUUUUUUUCAGUCCCACCCUGUAUCAUGUCACUCUCUAUGUGUUCCAUCAAUUCAUACUUUUAUGAACAGAUUGACUUUCGAGAGACCUAUUUCGAGCUUUAUUCGCCAACUCAUUUGACUCUUUUUAGCAUGAACUGGGAUCGCUUUCAAAGUGUGGAUUUUUCUCAUCCAUUUACGUUUGACAGUGUGCACAUAAUCACCUCAAAACAUCUGAAAAUAUCUGGAGACCUCCUGGCUCAUGCAUUUGAUAGGACGUCGUGGGCGUUGUUCGGUUCCACCUUCGUUUUCCUCAUGUUUUUCCUGGUUUUAUCUCAACGUCGCAAUACCAUCAAUCGGAUCCUUCAAGACGUAUUCGAAGGACUUGGGAACACUCUAGGCCAAGGAAUAACUUCGGCUGAGCAAUGUCCGGCCCAGCAUGCCACCGUGUGUCUUCUGAGCAUCUUCAUAUUGUCCAACACCAUCUUUGGAUUGAUGUUCAGCUCGGUGAUUAUGAGCCAACUUUCGGCUCGCUUACCUGGAAAGCGUUUGGACACUUGGAAAGACCUUCAGCAUUCCGCGUCCCAGGUUCUCAUUCGAGAGAACUCGUUCGUGCAUGAGAAUCUUUUUCAAGAGCCCUACAACCUUUCUCCUGAGCAAACACUAUUAUUUGCCGAUACGGCCAUUGUCGAGGAAGGGAUCCUGGAUAAGGUACAAACGGAGAACAACCCUCUCAACGUGUUGGUCGAGGGCGAUAUGACGUUUUUCUCCAAGUACUUGCCUCCGUCCAAUUAUUCCCGAGAGGAUUUCCAGUUCUCCAUUCAUCCACUCUUCGUGUCUCCUAAAUCAUUGCCGAUUCGGAAAGGCUUUCCACAAUUCAAACUCGUCACACGAUCUAUAAUGUUGUGGGACCAAUUUGGACUGCUCGGUCGAGAGUCAGAUUCGAGUAAGGAGGGAUAUUUCUAUCCCGAGCCUUAUUUAACGAGCUGUGACUUGCCACCUGAAAUACCAAAGCGUCGUCAUGGCCAAGGCCCCUCCUCAACCGCGGCCUUGUCUUUGGAACACUUCUCUGGGAUGUUCUAUCUCUAUUUCUGGGGGAUGCUAACUGCCAUUGGUGUAUUUAUAACUGAACUUCUAGGUGAGAGGUAUGCCGUUAUGGCAUCAUUUCCGAGGCUAUGAAUAUGAAUGAACACCACCGGGAUCUCUCUCCUUGGCUUGUCUUGAAGUAGUAAAAGACAAAGUACAAGGAAAUUCCUCGAGGGACUGUCUCGAUAAAAGUGAGGCGAUGUUCCACUUUUCUGAUAUUCCUGGCCUCUAUUUGAAAUUUGUGAAUCGAUAAGUGUCACGUUCUCUCAAUAUGUACUUUGGCCUUGCUCUCUGGGCUCGUCCGUGGAAGACAUUCUUUCCCUGACAAUACUCUAGUUGAAUUUGGAUGGUAAUCGGAAUCCCUGUGCGUUAUCCAAUAUCCGAUUGCUUCAAGUUCCAAAGGCUGCAUUGGAGGCUACGUGAGGAAGUCAAUGACACCCAAUCCGAGAGAGCUCUCUGGAAUGGCAAGUACUACGUGUGGUCUUCGUUUCUGGCCUUUUUGAGGUUCGAGGCUCAGACGGAGAAGUUCGACUUUUCAAUCUACACUAUAUUUUAUCAUAACGUGUUGGUCUCGUGCAAAUCUUAUCCGAAAACAUCAAACAACCAAAUUGAGCUUCUCUGUAACAGUUCACUCCAAAUCGGUUCUUAUCAUGCGAAAGGCCAAAAUAAAUCUUCGCCCUAAC